UCAGUAUAGAGGAGUUUUUGCAGAACGUGCACAUUAUGUUCUCGCUUGAUAACGUGAUAGAAAAUGUUGUUGGCAAUGGAAGAUACCAAGCAUUUAUUUGUCUAUGUUUUUCUGCCAUAGGAAUUUCAGCAUGUUAUAUGAAUACAGCAUCGGUUUUUGUUGGCGCUAUGCCAGACAGCCGAUGCCGAAUCGAACCUUACGACAACAUUACUUCAUAUCCAAAUCUAACCAAGACUGAAAUAACAACCACGUUUAUUCCACUUAACGAUAAUACAAAGAAACCAGAUCGUUGUCAAAGAUACGCGUUCAACACAUCAUGCAAGGAUAUCAAGGACUUAAACUGUUUGUUCGGAACCAACAACGUUAGCGGAAUGCAGACAGUUCAAUGCGAUGCAGGAUACGAAUACGACAGAAGCUCUUUCGAGGAAACGAUAGUUACCGAGUGGGACCUGGUCUGCGACAAAGUUGGCAUUUCUUUCAUUGCAACGUCAUUGAAUUAUGCGGGAUUACUGACUGGUUCUCUAAUGGGGGGCUUACUAGCUGAUCGAUUUGGCAGAAUCGCUGUUUUUCGUGUAAGUUCAGUAUUGGCCCUUAUUGUAACCUGUGGCAUGUCAUUCUCACCAAACGUACACGUGUACACUGCAUUGCGAUUUCUGGCAGCUGUUACUUACUUCCCAAUGAUAACAAGUGGAUUCGUUUACAUGAUCGAGUUAUCUAGAAAAAGAUGGAGAACCGCCAUUGGUUUGUCGCAUAACGCCAUUUUUGGUCUCUCUUCGAUGACGUUUUCAGUUCUUGCGCUAAUUUGGAGACAUUGGCGAACUUUGCAAAUCGCCAAGUCAAUCACUGCUUUUGUCCCGUUUAUUAUUCUUGGUUGGUUGGUCCCAGAAUCACCAAGAUGGUUGUUCGCACAUAACAAGCAAGCGCAAUCCAAACAAGUAUGCGAGGUUAUGGCCAAACGAAACAAAACUCAACUAUCUGAAGAAGUGUGGCAAGAUACGAUGACAGAGUUUAACACGUCUGAGAAAACAGAGGAAAGCAAAGAAAGUCCACUACGAGCAAUGUGUCGACUUCCUUGUACACGAUUCUUGAUGUUAUGCAACAUGUUUGUCUGGAUGGUCACAAGUAUGGUGUAUUACGGUUUGGUGUUAAACGUCGGAAACUUGCCAGGCGGUGUGUAUUUAAAUAAUACGUUGGGAGGAUUAAUGGAAUUCACAGCUUGCGUCUCCUCUAUUUUCGCCAUUAAAAAGAUUGGAUUCACCAAGUGUACAUCUGCUUCGUUGUACACUGCAAGUUUAACUUGUUUGUUGUCAACGGUUUGUCUUCAACUUGGAAAUGGAAAACAGGUUUUUGAAACGUUGAGUACGGUUCUUGCAAUGGUUGGAAGAUUUGCCGCAAGCAUGUCGUUCGGUGUGAUAUAUGUUCACACAACAGAGAUGUUUCCCACCGUCGGUCGGAGCACAGCGUUGGGUCUUUCUUCUAUGUCAGCUCGCAUUGGAAGUAUAUUCUCACCGUUUACAAUUCAACUUCACUUAACCAUCCCGUGGCUAACUCCGGUCAUGUUUGGCACGCUUGCAUUUGUUGCCGCUUAUUUGGCCGGAAACUUCCCUGAUACUGCGGAAUCAAAGUUAACAAUGCUGUUUGAUGAUGUCGAAAAAAGUUUCUCAGAACAUUUCCACGGUAGAGUGAUUGCCAAACUAUUUUGUCUCCCUACGUCUCAACGGCGCAACACACCAGAAAAACAAAACACUCUGUUGGACGAUGAAAAUUCAAAGUGCUAAAGCUGAAUUGUAUAAAUGAAGAAGCAUUUAUCCAGAACUACUUUAGUAAUGAGUUUCUUUGGAAAAUAGCAAUGCUGGUAUUCUUGCAUCGAAGCGAUAAUAAAAGAGAAUGGUUUUGCAGAAUG